CUCUGACAAGGUGGAGAAGAAUCUGCGGGUACUGCAGAAAAAAUGCGAGAAGCUGCUUGGGAUCAAUGUGAACUACCCUCUGAACAACUGUUCAUCACAUCAGGAAGAGAAGUUAGAUUCUAAUGGGAUAAAUCACAUCGGCCAGGCUGACGGAGGUGCAUCCGCAGAGGACGUCGUGAUUCGGAAGCAACGCGAGAAAAAUGCCCGCGAAGUUUACGCGACGAUUCUACUUGAGAUUGGGGUGAUGAAAAGGAAGAGCCACUGCUUCGUAGCAGCCGCGGAAAUGAUGCGACGUGCGGAGGACGUGGUGAAAGAGCUGCGUGGAGAAAAGGAACAAAACGCCAAAAAGCAGAGCUCCUUGAAGAACGACGACUACCUGUACCUGGGCCUCCGCGUCGAUUUUGAGCUCGCGCACGUCGAAGUCGAGCUGCGGAAGUUUGCUGAUGCCGAAAAACGACUGAAAAAGCUGGAGGGCGUCACCAGCGCGGACCAGGUGCUUUGCGUGCGGGGCACAUCCUCGGACGUGCCCAUCGCGUAUCGAGAGGAGCUGCAGGUCGACGGCGCCGUUGGACGGGCGCUAACCAUGCUGCGGGUGCGGAUUCUGAUGGAACAGGGUAGAACGGCAGCGGCGCGCGAGAUGGUGCAGAAGCUGAAGCACAUAGAGCACCGGAUGUCCUACAUAACGAUCCCUGCGGAUAACAAUUUUCCGGAGGACGGGCUGGCCUUGAUCGACACCUUCGUCCGCAUGAACGACGAGCGCACGAAAUUGUCCUCCUUGCGGGGCGUUUCUGCCUCCCUGCUGCAAAAGAAGCAAGGCACACGAUUUUUCGAGUGCGUGCGACAGCAGAUUUUGGGAAUCGACGCGCGCCGUCGCGGGGACGCAGUCGCGGCGACGAAACUUUUCGAAGGCCUGCUUCUCUUGAACGGCUGGAACCACGUUUACGUCUGGAACGUGCUGAAAGCGUUGCUCGCGCAGGAGAGUCAGGGCGUGGAGGCGGCCACGAGGAAAUUGCGAGAUUUCCGAGCCACUUUUCCGUAUGAGAUGCGGAUGCAUGAGUGUGUGCCGCUCCUGCUGCUUGAGUCGGAGCUAACGGUGUGCAGCACGAGUGCUGACCGCGUACUGGAGCGUCUGCAGGUUUGGCUGGCUCACGGGAGGGGAGAAGUAACUGCAACACCAACUGCGACUGCAGAGCAAACCGCAGAAGCAACAACCGACGCCUCUGGCAUGCGUGAGCUGGCGCUCCUGCAGGUGGUAAAGCAGAGCAAGGACGUUUUGCAGCAAGGGCGUUACCAAGCCGCGCGGGACAUCCUGGAAUCCCUCGCUGAGUGCCUGGAUCUUCCCGAAGGCGCGUUGCUGCUCGCCUUUUUGGAACGAUUCUGCCACCUGGAGGAGGCGGAGGCUAGCGCAAAUCUUGGUAUCCCAGAUACAACACCAGCGGAGCGCGACGAGGAGGAGUAUUUUUCGCCUGAUGAAGAAAGUACUCUUUCAGACGAGGAGCGACACGAAGGUGAAGGUAGCGAAAAACCACGUAGUCCGGGGGCUGGUCCAGUCUCGGGGGCAGCAGCGCAGCUUCUGCUUUUGGAUUUGUACGGCACAGACGACCACAAGGACGCGGAGCUCGCGGACGAGUGGUUCACGCAGGCGACGAGGGAGCAGAUCGAGGAGUAUUUCAUGCCCAAGUACAAGCAGCACCUGCUCGCCACCAUCACUGAGUUGCAACCAACACUCGACCUACACGGACGCGCGAUUCCAGCGGCCAGUACCACCGAGAGCACCUCCUGGCGCGUGCCGCAGGCUACACCUAGCAGGUCUUGGUUCGGGCGGGCGGCGGAGGAAACGAAAUACGUUUGGAAGAAUACGUCUGCUGAUGAGAAAGAUCAUUCUGGUGUGAAAGAGGUUGUGCGGCUGGCGAACCAGACGCGGUAUUUUGCGGCCUUCGUCACAAAGAUCGAGGAUCUGGAGAAUCUACCUGCGUACAAGCGCGCAAUCCAGGAGAAAGGAUUUGUGUCGUCGCAACACAAAGCGAAUGGGGUGAAAUACGAUGCGCCCUUGGUGAAGGUGAAACUGCACACCGAUUCGCGCCUCUACGCCACGACAAUUUUCGAAAAUCCAGCUCGCAAGAAGCUCAUCCUCUUCGAGGGGGAGGCAAACCACGCGGGCAUACAGAGGAAAAAGCAGGAGCAGCGGCGAAAGCACAUUCAACUUCAGAAGGUGCAACAGUAAGCUUUGGAAACGAAACCUGAGGCUUGCUAAUGUGUUUUUAUAUCCACUACCCACGAGGACGACGACACCAAACUACAGACGACAGCACAUCACAACUGAAAGCCCCAUUCUAACUCCGAUCUAGCGAAUUUGUCUUCCUUGUUGAUCCGGUUUCAUCCUAAAGAACCAACGGUAAAAUCAC